AUGCGGGGACUUUCCAAGAAUAUGUCACCAUUCCAGCAUCCUGCCUCAUCUCUCUACCGGCCGGACUCCUGGAUGGAGGGAUUGAUCCUGCUCUUUAUGCUAGUGCAUUUGCUCUGGCUCAACGAGCCUCACGUCAUUGCGUGCGGCAAAUUCAUCAUCACUGGUAUCGCGGGUGCUAUCGGUCAUCUCACUGGUGCCAUUGCUAAAAAUGUCUCUCAAGCAAAGGUCUUUGGUAUUGAUCUAGCAUCAAAAAUAAGCGCUCUACCCCGGGACUGGGAUGAGUACAGCGAUAUCCGACCAAGUACACCCGAGGUCAAUCACGGCGCAGAUUGGUCAGCCUUCCAGUCUGCUUUGCUCGCGACUUGUGACAAGCUUCAAGAUGAGCGUGGCUUGAAACAUGCAGCCGAGGCCGUGAUAGUUAUCAGCAGUUCGUUUUCCUCUUUCCAUCGACUGGAUGAAUAUGUACGCGACGGUGGAAGGAUCGUGGUGCCGAAAGGCGAAGAUUUACUACAAAUUGCACUUCGGACGGUUGUGGAACGAAACUUGUACCUGUCCGGAAAUCUGAUGGGUGGGCUCAAGGGCAGGAAUAUCAGCUCAUAG